AUGAGUCGCGCCACAGAAACCGAGCGUUCAACGUUCAAUCAAAGCAAUCGCAGUAGCAACAGUACCUGUAAUAGCCUCUUACCGCCAAACCACGUACAUGCAUCCUCACUCCUCCCGACACUCGAUGCCUGUCAACCCAGCACUGGGUUUUCUGAGGAGGAAUUGGGUUUCGUCGCCAAUUCCUGGUCAACAUCCGAUUGGGAUUGGACAUCAGAGGACCAAGCUUUAGAUACCCUUGCAUCUUUACCCAUUGGUGUUACUAUAGGUGCCGAGCCGAGCGAAUUGAUUCCUCAGUCCCUUUCACAUCCACAUCCUAUUCUCUCAGCCGCACUAGAAAGCUUUGAUGAUUUCUAUAGCCAUGAGAGAAUACCUCCAUCGUCGUCUUUGCCAUCUCCUUCACGCAUCGAUGAUACUGAGCUACGCGUCGAGCAGCUGUCGGAGCUCACUUCUCGCCUCUAUCUGAUUUACAGGGCCAGUUGUGGGCUCACCGGCGUACCCCAAAAUGAACAUUCAGGCUCUCAAAUCACCACAACCGUGUUCGAAGCUGUCACAACCUUGUUUCAAGAAGAUGCGGCCCCGAUGGCGGGAAACACAAUUUACAGUUCUUUGAACGAGACUUUCACUGCUUGCCGGACGCUGCUGGAAAUACUUUCCCGACUGCUGGAGAACGUCGAACCAGGUAGACCGGGUAAUAGGACUGGACCACCCCAGAACCAACCUCCACUCCCGGGCCAGCCUACCAAUUCUAGAGCAAAUAUCAAUAGCAUCGGUACCAGGACCGGCGGUGACUCACAGGAGCCAGUCUUAUACCACAUGACGACCACCUGUUAUAAUCUACUUCUCUUGAUUCACGUCACUCUAAUUAGCGCACUCCAUCGUGACGCUAUCUCACACGCUUCACGGGUAACAAAUCCGAGCUUGGUCACUUCUCCAUCUUCCUCUCCCAACUCUCAAUCUAUGUACUCAGCCCCCUCUAUGGUGGAGCUGCAGCUAGUUUUGCUAGUUCAGGUCAUGACAUACUUCCUUGACCGGUUACAGCAGACGAUGGGCGCUUAUUCAGCACAGGUUGCGCAGCACCAGAGACGUCGGUCGCUAGACAGACUUGUGGAAGAGCCAGAUGAAAUGUUACCAUACCAGAUGGUGCCUCCAGACACAAUCUCGGCGUUGGAGAAUAGGGCGAGAUCGAAGCUGAAUCAGCUGCGACGGGCAUUACAUGAUUCUCGUUCUCGAAAUUGA